CCGCACUAAGCAUGCUAGCUUUGUCGUUGAUUUAUACUGGAUGCUAAAGUCAUUAGCCUUAGCUACAGGGUUGCUAAAGUUAUACACUGACAGGUGUAUUAAAUAUGUGCUGAGAGUUCCAUCACUUUGUGGUAUGUGAAAUGCAUAUGGCGGGAUUGCUUAAAACUUGUUUUUAUAUUGUGUAUAGUCAUUUUUCUUAACAUUUUUAUCUCGGGAUAACAUUGUUGGUAUUGUUAGCGUUUAGCCUGUGCGCCCCUUGCUUGCAUCAUCGAAAAUUGAAAACUUUUGAGAAGAAUUAAACUUGGAUACACUUUUAAAACAAAUUGUGAUUGUGAAACAGAUAAACCGACAUUUAAUUACUAAAACAAAUCUUUGUUUUUUGUAUAGUUUUCUAGUAGUAGUUGUAGAGUAUAGAUGCUAAAUAGCAUUAGCAAACAUUAAAUGUUGGCUUACGAAAUUUCCUAAUUCUCAUAAUUUGUAUUCAACAAUGUAUUUUGUUUGAAGGCUAUAGUGUCUUCAACAAUGAUUUGUUCUACAAAUUUUUAAUGCAACUAUUAUAAUAAUGCAACUUUGUAUAGAAUAGGUAAUAGCGUCAGUGAACUGUUGCUUGUUAGUUGGUCAGAUGGUUACAGAUUUUAUUGAAGGUCCAUGGGUAACAAUUUUCAAAUAAUAAAUCACUGUUCCUCAAAACUGUUUGAACCCUUUGGUCUUCGGGGUCUUUGUGCUAGUUGGUAACUGGUGAUAGUGAUGUUACAGGUGUGUUGCAUCAGCACUGCUACUAUGUUUGAAUGAACUUACUUUCUAGGUAUGUACUUUAGCAGAAGAAAGGUGAAUAUGAUAGGAAAUAAUGUCCAGGAAAUCUGACUGCUAUACCGAGUGGUGAUCAGUCCAUGCUAUAAUUUGUACACAUGAAGGAUUUGAUAAAAUUGUUGUUUGCUACACAUCAAUUUUAUUGCGGUGUGGUUACUGGUUAACAGGAUGUUUCUUGCUUUAUCAUCAGCACUGGUCCUAAAGAAAAAAACGUGGGGCAGUAAUCUGCUCAUCCACAGAGAGCUGCAUUUACAACAGGACUAAUGGGCCUCACUGAUCAGAAGAGCCUAGUUCCAAGUUAUGCAACAAUAGCAAUGAAUGUCAGUGCAGGCAUUUUUUUACAGGGACCUCAUGCUGCCCAGCGCUCUCUGAAAUGUUUGUGGAUGUUGGAAAUGUUUGCGUCUCACAGUAACUUCUGCUAUACUUGUAGUCUACUAGUAAAUGCACUUUAAUACAUGGACAAUUGGUUACUAUGUCGCUGGAAUCCAUUAGCCCUGCAGAUGCUUUCAAACUUGGCAUUCUAGGAAGUGUUGUGAAAAGGUCCCUGGAUGCCCCACGGCGCACUGUCCUCCGCCGGCCAAAGCAACCAAAUGGCCGGGAGUUGACCCCGUCGAUCACAAUGACGCUGCGCGAGCAGCUGAGAGAGAAGAUCUCUGCAGCCUUCUACCGCCACGGGCUGUUGUGUGCCUCCUAUCCAGUACCCAUCAUCCUUUUUACCUCUGUCAGCAUCCUUACCUGCUGCUAUCCGUUAUUGAGGCUUCCUCUGCCUGGGACAGGUCCUGUGGAAUUUACUACAGGUGUGAGAGACUACAACGUCCCUCAUCAUGAGCCCCAGGGAGAUCGAGGGGAACAACCUGACUGGUACCGAGGUCCUCCAGUUGCCUACAUACAGCAGGUGUUGGUGAAGGCAGCAGUGUCUCCAUGGGACAGCCAUCUGGUACCAGUGGACGUGUUUCGUUCACCACUGGGCCAAGUCUUCAGUUUGCUGGAGGAGAUUCGUAACCACGUCUACACUGACAGCUCUGGUGUUCGCAGUUUGGAGACAUUAUGUCUCCAGGUGACAGACCUGUUGCCAGGGUUACGGCGGAUGCAGUCGGUGCUUCCAGAACAUGGCUGUCUGCUCAUUUCUCCUGGCAACUACUGGCAAAACCAGCGAGAUCUCUUUGACUCAGACCCUGACCUCCUCAAAACCAUUCAGAAACAUGAACCCAAAGGCCUGCACACCUCAGCCACACUGCGAGAUCUGCUCUUUGGUGUUCCUGGAAAACACACCGGGGUGAGUCACUACAACAGAAAGAGGGUGGUGACAUACACUAUCACUGUGGUGCUGUCCAGCUACGAUUCCAGCUUCCUGGGCAGCCUGCGAGCACGUCUGAAGCAGCUCCAUUCGGCAGCCAACUGCACAUUGAGAGACGACCACAUGGUUCAUGUCCACUUCAAGGAGGAGAUUGGCGUUGCUGAACUCAUCCCUCUCGUCUCCACAUACAUCAUCUUGUUUGCAUACAUCUACUUCUCCACACGUAAAAUUGAUAUGGUGAAGUCUAAGUGGGGUCUAGCUCUGGCUGCUGUGGUCACAGUCCUCAGCUCGCUGCUCAUGUCUGUGGGACUGUGCACACUUUUUGGACUGACGCCGACACUCAAUGGAGGGGAGAUUUUUCCAUACCUGGUAGUGGUGAUCGGCCUAGAAAACGUUUUGGUCCUAACAAAGUCUGUCGUCUCUACACCUGUUGACCUUGAGGUCAAACUACGCAUAGCACAAGGUCUCAGUAAUGAAAGUUGGUUCAUUAUGAAGAAUGUGGCCACAGAGCUUUGUAUCAUCUUGAUUGGAUAUUUCACAUUAGUUCCCGCUAUCCAGGAGUUCUGUUUGUUUGCUGUCGUGGGCCUGGUGUCCGAUUUCUUCCUGCAGAUGUUCUUUUUCACCACAGUACUGUCUAUAGACAUUCGAAGAAUGGAGCUGGCUGACCUGAACCGACGCCUGCCAGCAGAAGCUGGGCUGCCUCUUCCUAAACCUGGCACUUUACGUCCACGUGAGGUCCCUCCACCUCCACGACCUUCCCCACACACGAUAACUUUUCAGACCCCGCCCUUCAUGACCCUGAGGCUACCCAAAAGGCUGCGUGUGGUGUACUUCCUGGCCCGUACACGUCUGGCCCAGCGUAUUAUUAUGGCUGGCACUGUCAUUUGGAUCGGCAUUCUCGUCUACACAGACCCUGCAGGGAUCCGCACCUACUUGGCCACACAAGUAUCGGAGCAAAGCCCCCUGAGCGAUCCUGGAGGAGCCAUCCUUCCUCACCACCUCGGCGUCGCUCCUGUCUUCAGAGGUGGAGAUCCCAGCAGCACCCUCAGUAUUCACCAAGCACCUGAUCCAACCCCCAUGCCAGAGAACCAAUCACAGGGUCACCUUGAGCCAGGCAGAGCAGGUUCCCUGCCUCAGGCUCCUGCAGCGGUGCCUCAGAUCACCUGGGCAGCAGAAGACGAAGAAGGUUGGAGGAGACUGUCCUUUAGGCACUGGCCAUCACUCUUCAGUUACUACAACAUUACUUUAGCAAAAAGAUACAUCAGCAUUCUUCCAGUCAUUCCUGUCACUGUUCACCUGACCCCCCAGGAGGCUAUUGAGACCCGUCACCCUCAUGACACCAAGAUCCCUCCCCCUCUUCCUCCAGUCAUUCCCAAAGUAUCUGCAGAUCUACAGGUGGAUCUUACAUUGUACAAGGUGGCAGCUCUUGGACUAGCAGCUGGCGUCCUACUGGUCCUGUUGCUCUUCUGUCUUUACCGUGUCCUUUGCCCACGUAACUACGGACAAAACGGUAUUUCCCACGGGCGGCGACGCCGAGGAGACCUGCCAUGCGAUGAUUACGGCUACUCUCCACCAGUUAGCGAGAUAUCACCGCUACUGCUGAGGGGCCACAGCAUGGACAUUGAGUGUUUGGCCAGUGAUGGGAUGCUGCUGGCCAGCUGCUGCCUCGCAGGACAGAUCCGCGUCUGGGAUGCUCAGACCGGGGACUGUCUCACUGUCAUCUCAAACCAUGGGUUGAGGCGAAGCAGCAGCAGUGGCUGCUGGGACCAGAGGGAAUGCUGGGACACCUUGAGCGGAACCUUAGAAUCUGACGGUGUGGGCACUGAGGGCUGUGACCGCUGCAACUGUGGUGACGGGGGGUCAGAGGAUGAAGGUUACCCUCUGAGACGGCGCACCGCUCCUUCACGGCCGGUUCUGUUCACAGACCAGCCUGAUCUCACUCCACUCAUCGACACAAACUUUACUAGUCAACCACCCUCCCAUCUCUCCACCCCACCCAGAGCUGGGUUCGAUUUUGGUGGUCUGGUGGAGCGAGCCUACAUGGAGCAUGAGCCUCCUUCGCCCUCCACCCAUCUUUCUACUUCCCCAGCCUCCUCCUCACCGCCCUCGGGCACUCAGCUCCAGAAAUUACCCAGCUUUGGGGAUGUAUCUAGCACCUUCACCCAGGGGAGGGCUUCAACAGCAGGGUCUCAGGCGACGGCUGAUUGGGAGAGCUCUGUGUGGGCGAUGGAGUUGAGGGGGAAUUUGAUAGCUGCAGGGAGGAGCAGCGGUAAACUGGAGUUAUGGGACGCAGUGGAGGGUUCAUUACGCUGCAGUAAUGAUGAUGGGGUCUCUGGGAUCACAGCUCUGGCCUUCCUCAACAACAGAAUUGUCGCAGCUCGACUCAACGGUUCUCUGGAUUUUUUCACAGUUGAGAUAAACAAACCCCUGGCUCUGCUACAAUACAGAGGUGCUCCAGGUCGAGGUAACAUGCCUUCAUCUCCCUGUUACAGCAGUGAAGAUACAAUAAGCCUCCAGCUCACACGCUCCAUACAGUGUGCUCACCAGAAGCCUAUCACGGUGCUGCGGGCAGCAGCAGGGAGGGUGGUCACUGGCAGCCAGGACCACACAGUCAGGGUUUAUCGUCUGGAGGACUCGUGCUGCCUCUUCACACUGCAGGGUCACUCUGGAGGAAUUACCGCCAUCUAUAUCGACCAGAAAAUGGUUCUGGCAAGCGGUGGGCAGGACGGCGCCAUCUGCCUGUGGGAUGUCCUGACAGGGAGCCGUGUCAGCCAUGUUUACGGUCAUCGUGGUGACGUAACCUCACUGGUCUGCACCACUUCCUGUGUCAUCAGCUCAGGACUGGACGACCUCAUCUGUAUAUGGGACCGCAGUACAGGGAUCAAACUGUACUCCAUACAGCAGGAAGUGGGCUGUGGAGCCAGUCUGGGUGUGAUCUCAGAGUCUCUCCUGGUCACCGGGGGCCAGGGUUGCGUUUCCUUCUGGGACCUGAAUUUUGGGGACUUGCUGCAGACGGUGUACCUGGGACAGAGCAGUGACGGACAGGGUGUCCGACAGCUGCUGGUGCUGGACAAUGCUGCCAUCAUCUGUGACUUUGGCAGUGAGCUCAGUCUGGUGUACGUGCCGUCGGUACUGGAGAAACUAGACUAGAGCAAAGUAGACAACAUUGGUGGGAACACAACCAAGGAGUCACAGCAUCGUUUUUCCUUCUUUUGUAUUUAGGUUUUUUGUUGUUGUUUGUUUUGGUUGGUUGCUGAGACCUGAAUGAGAUGAGAGGCAAUCAUUUCGCUGGUGUCUCUGUGCACAGAAUUAUUUUAUACGUCGAAAAAUGCUUAGACGAAACUAAACGAAACUGCUGCAUUUCUUUUCCAAAAGAGGAAAAUGUCAAAUAUGGAUCAUGAUCCAUUAAUGCAAUGGGAUUCUGUGAAGAACAGCUGGAUGUUCUUGACCAGAAGAGUGAAUUGUGUCAGUGGGGGGAUUGUAUUUUUCUUUGUUUGUUUGUUUAGCGCUUAUUCUGUUUUGAGGCUCUGCCCUUUAUGCUGCUGAUAUGGGCGGGGCUUCACAUUACCCCGCCCACCCUGAGAGAAAAGAUUAUUUUUU